AUGAGUGUGACUUCCUGGUUCCUGGUGAGCAGCUCGGGAACGCGGCACCGCCUCCCCAAGGAGAUGAUCUUCGUGGGCCGUGAGGACUGCGAGCUCAUGCUGCAGUCUCGCAGCGUGGACAAGCAGCACGCCGUCAUCAACUACAACCCGGCCACCGACCAACACCUGGUGAAGGACCUGGGCAGCCUCAACGGGACGUUCGUGAACGACCUGAGGAUCCCUGAUCAGACCUACAUCACGCUGAAGCUCGCCGACGUCGUGCGCUUCGGCUACGAUUCUCAUGUGUACGUUCUGGAGAAGAGCCAGCACAAAGUCCCAGAGGAGGCACUCAAGCAUGAGAAGUACAGCAGCCAGCUGCAGAUCAGCCUGCGGCCGGCCGACGCCAAGAGGGCGGAGCUUGACGAGCGGAACCGGCCCGACAGAACCGAGCGCGCCAAGACCCAGGACGCCCCGGUGUGUCGCCCCACCCCGCUGUACGGUCAGCCCUCCUGGUGGGGAGACGAGGAUUGUGGGAGUAAAGCUCAGAGCAGCGACGAGCCUCAUCCAGAUGUUUCCUCAGCAGACGUGCAGAAGGAGGCCCCGCCCACUGUGGAGGCGGAGCUUAACGGCUCCCUGUCAGACUUCAGAGACGCCCAGUCCAAGGGCGUCUUCCCGUACCACCGGGAGCCCAGCUACUUCGAGAUCCCCACCAAGGACUUCCAGCACGCCAAGACCUUCGGCGGCGAGCUGCACGAGAUCCCCACCAAGGACACGGACGCGCCGCCGGCCCCGCCCACCCCACCCACCCCGACCCCGCCCGUGGUUCAGAGCCACGCCUCCUUCACCAUCGAGUUUGACGAUUGCAUGCCGGGCAAGAUCAAGAUCAAGGACCACGUGACCAAGUUCUCCUCUCGCCAGCGGAAGCAACAGACUCCGCCCACCAAAACGACUCUCGCCGCCACGCCCGGCGAGGUGAUGUCGGCCGAGAGCAAGGUGGCCGACUGGCUGGUGCACAGCGACGUCAGCAUGAUGAGGAGGCGUCCGACGUGCGAAGACGUUUACAGCACCAAGAGCGAUCUCGCCAUGAACAUCAAGACCCUCAAAGGUCACCAUCAUGAGGACGGGACCCAGAGUGACUCGGAGGACCCCGUCCUGAAGGGAAAGAGGAGCAAAUCCCACCAUUCUGUCCCCUCCCACCACGUCGUCCAAUCAGAGCAGCCGGAGCUGCCGCAGGAGGCGCGUAAAGGUCAGUCCGCUCCGUUGCAGAAGCUUCACCAGCCGCUGCAGUACUCUCCGCCCAGACAGACCCCCGCCUCGCCCGUGGCCCCCGAGCGGCCCCUGUCCCAGAGCCCUCCUCAGACAGCAGAGACGCCCAAGCAGGCGCCGCCGGAGCCUCACCUCAGCCAGCAAGCCUUCAUCAUCGAGUUCUUCGAUGACAACCCGCGCAAGAAGCGUUCGCAGUCCUUCACGCACAACCCCGCCCACGCCGACUCGUACUCCGCACUCAAGGCCAAGCUGGAGAGGCGGAAAGGCGGGGAGAGGCCGGCGUCCGUGCACGGCCACAUCCCGCCGACCCAGCAGGUGACGGUUCCCCUGAAGGGUCAGGGCCACGGCGGCCCCCAGCGGUCCAGCUCUCUGAAGAGGGAGAAGACGGAGGGCGAGGCUCCAUCCUCUGGCUCCUCCUCUCGCUCCUCCUCGGGCAUCAUCAUCAGGCCGUUCGGCAGUGUCGGUAAGAAGUCCAAGCUGGCCCAGGAGUUCGCCGCCGAGUUCCUGAAGGACUCCGGUCCGGGAGCCUCAUCGCCGACAGCAGACAAGACGUCGCCUCCGCCAAUGUCUGCGCCGCCAGUGAUGGUGUCGCCUCCUCACGCCCUCGUUCCCUCCCCUCUGGAACCUCCUGCACCUUCCUCAGUCUCGUACCCCUCCUCCCCCUUGCAGCCUCCUGCGAUCUCCCAGUCCUGUGGCCCCACUCCUUCCCACGUGCCUCCCACCGCUCCCCAUUAUUCCGCCUCUCCAGUCCACUCCUCCGGGCCUCCCAUGUCCCCCAUGCUGCCCCAGGGCCCCCGCGGAGGAGACCCCAAAGGUUCCCACAGGGCUAUGAGGAACGAGGAGGACGACAGCCUGAGCGACGCAGGGACCUACACCAUCGAGACGGAGUCGCAGGACAAGGAGGUGGAGGAGGCUCGCAACAUGAUCGAUCAGGUGUUUGGUGUCCUCGACUCUCCGGAGUACAGUGGCGUGAACACAGGAGUUUAUAGGCCUGUAAUAAAUGAUGGCAAGGAUGAGCCAGUUAACCUGCCUAACGAUGGUAGCACUGUGGAUCCGUUGCAUGGCUUUUUCCCGACAGGCCCCACACAGGUUCCGUCUGACAGCUCGGCGGGUCUGGAGGGACCGAAGUGGGUGUCCCGCUGGGCGAGCCUGGCGGACAGCUACCCCGACCCGGGUUCCACACCCCCCCAGGCGGAGUUUCUAGAAGAUUCUCGCUUCCUGAGUCGUUCAGUUGGGAGCCACAGUUACGACAACUCGGAGUCAGAGUCGAGCCACAGCUCCCGGACCAGGCGGCUGCUGCCCCAGGUACCGCCAGAAAAGUCAGAAAGCCCCACCCCCAGCAUCCUGAUUCGCCAUGAAUCUUACCAAGGCCUCGAGCCUGUGGAAAGAGCCUCUGGCCCGGCCCGCCCACAGGACGCCACCCAGCGCCUGUCAGUCCAGGACGACGUGGACCCGGACAGCCUGAGCGACGCUAGCCGCUCUGAUGAUGGCUCCAUCCUGGAGAAAGCCAGGAAGAACCGGGCCAGGUCCGCUGCGUCUGCGUCGUCCCCUGAGGACGGUGGCCUGCAGUUAAAGGGUCAGGAGAAGGCGCUAUCUCCCUCGACAAAAUCCACGUCCUUCUACAUCGGUUCUGAAGACAGUCCAGGCAAAAGCGAACAGGCUCGAAGCCCAGUGCAGUCUGAGAGAACGCGAGAUCCCCCGGCCAAAACUCCCCCCACCACCGUCCUGAUCCGACACCUGAGUGGCCAUGAACCCCGACGAACAGGUGUCAAGCCCAAUAGCUCCGCCCCCAACCUCCAAACGCAGGACAAGGAUUCUGUUCCUACGAAAGACAGCGGCAUAUCGUCCUCCUUCGUGCGGCAGGAGAGCUUCACCAAAGAUCGUCCCAGUGACACGGUUCAGAUGAAGAGGCUACCGCACAUCUCCAGCCACCCAUCCAUCAGGGACAUGGAGCAGAGGGCGGAGACUGUCCAGGAUGCCCAGUCUUUCCUCAGGGAUGCCGAAGGAACGCUCUCCUCCCUGGACACCAAAUUUCACUCCUCCGGCUCCGGUCGCAGCUCAAAGAAAGGAGGUUCCUCCAGCCACAUGGACGACUCUCUGUCAGGUGAAUCGGAUGUGGACACGGCGAGCACCGUCAGUCUGGUCAGCAACAAAAACGCACCGGUCACUUCUGCUCCCAAAAAGCGUCCUUCCAUCAGCAGCCUCCAAAAAGAGAAGUCCUCCUCCAGCCCGUCCAUCCAGGAGAAAGGGCGGCAAGUCUCUGCCCGUGAGCGCCUUACUGAGAAACGGCGAACUCAGGUGACUUCAGACACAUCGAGCAAGGCAGAGGCAGCAAAACGCUUCCAGAUGCGGCGCAGUGCCGGCAACCGAGGCUCCCUGGACCUAUCAGAGGGCCAGCAGGGGUCCGGACAGCACUGGACUGAAACCACAUCGUCUGACCAUGAAACAUCCCGUCCAUCCUCUCGCAGCAAGAAACUGAUUGCGCCACUUCAGAAAGAAGACAACGGGAAAACGCCCAAGACGGCGGCUCAGCAGGUCCUGACCCGCUCUAACAGUCUGUCGGCGCCACGGCCGACGCGAGCGUCCAUGCUUCGCCGGGCACGCCUGGGCGAGGCCUCUGAUAACGAAGGCGCAGAGACUGACCGCGGCUCCCAGAGUUCAGACCACAUCACCGUGCCAUCCAAAGUAUCGAGCGAGGGGAAGAAGCUGUCCAGGCUGGACAUACUGGCCAUGCCCAGGAAGAGGACCGGCUCCUUCACGGCGCCCAGUGACAACGAGUCCUCCACGGGCCGAUCUGGCUUCUCCAAUCGCAGUUCGGAGUCCGUCGUCCCAACCAGGAAGACGUCAGUCGGUGAUGCCCGUCAGGCGGCAAGCAGAACAGCUGGAACUCCAGGGAAGCAAACUCUGACCCGAACCCGGUCCAGCGGAGCCAAAUAUCCCAGCACCGGUUCCCGCCGGCGGCAGAAGGGCUCCGACUACUCCUCCUCCUCUGAGGAAGAGUACGAGACGAACGCUGGCACCCUGAAAGCCAAACGCUCCUCCCAUCCCUCCGCCUCCGCCGCCACCCAGACGCCCCGCGGCCAGAGGACAGCCGUGACCCGGUCCAAGUCCGUCUCCUUGGAAACGGAGGAGGACGAGGCCCAGAGCGAGGCCGACCCGUACCAGAACUGGUCCACGCACAGCGCCGAGAUCGCCAAGCUCAGUCAGGACUUGGCCAAAGACCUGGCCAUCCUGGCGAGGGAAAUCCACGAUGUUGCCGGGGACGGAGACUCGCCCAGCUCUGGCAUGGGAACCACCACCUCACCCAGCUCGCUGCCCAACACGCCGGCCUCCACCAUCUCUGCCAGGGAGGAGAGGCCAUAUCCAUACUUUCGUGGGGUUCGGCCAUCUCAGCUGGUCCAACAUAUCCCUGAGGCCAGUUUAAACUACCAGAAGGUCCCUCCAGGUUCUACUGCUGUCUUGGACCUGGACGCAAACAUGAAUGAGCCAGACCCCAGUUCUAAGCAACGCCGUCCGUGGAACCGCGAAGAGGUUAUCCUGGACAACCUGAUGUUGAAUCCUGUGUCGCAGCUCUCGCAGGCCAUCCGGGAAAACACGGAGCAGCUGGCCGAGAAAAUGAAGGUUCUGUUCCACAACAAGGCCGAGGUGUGGGAGGAAAUUGAGGCCAAGAUUAACGCAGAAAACGAGGUUCCCAUCCUGAAAACCUCCAACAAGGAAAUUACCUCGAUUCUGAAGGAGCUGCGGAGAGUCCAGAGGCAACUGGAAGUUAUAAACACCAUUGUGGAGCCUGGUGGGGGUCUUCAGACCGGAGCGACGGGCACGUCGUCCCUCAGCCAGACUCGGCCUUCGUCAAGGGAGAAGAAACCUGCUGCCUCCAAGCCCCGCGGCGCCCCCCCCCACCUCCAACGCCAAUGAAAGCACCAAGAGAUCACCUCGAGGGCCCGACGGGGCCAAUUACAUGUCCUGAGCAGGCUACUGUAGCACCUCCGGGCAGUGACUGUGCGUUCACGCCGCGCACCACCACAGCUUCCCGUCUCGUGAUGAGCGCCAAGAGCCUGUCAGCCAUGUUGGGAGACCUCCAUGUGCUAGCACCACCUCCUGUCCAAUUUCCUGUCAACACUGCGAACUGCAAAAUAGUCACAACUUUUUGUGUUGUUGGAAAAGAGCAGGGGCUUUUUAUAUAGAUGUCCAAAAAUCAAGAUGAAAAAAAGAAAACGAUCAGAGAACAAGAAUGAUUUGAGACGACUGGUCAACCACGAUCAGCUGCAAAGAAAUUAAAAGUAGAUCACGUAAAAUCUGGUGAGUAAUUUAAACUACA